AUGUCUAGAAAACCAAACUCUGCCACAUCCAGGCUCAAACAAGACUACAUAAGACUGAAGAGAGAUCCUGUUCCAUAUGUACUUGCUGAGCCUCUACCAUCAAAUAUUUUAGAAUGGCAUUAUGUUGUUAUCGGACCUGAAAAAACACCUUAUGAAGGAGGAAUGUAUCAUGGGAAAUUAAUUUUUCCAAGGGAGUUUCCAUUUAAACCUCCUAGUAUAUACAUGAUGACUCCAAAUGGCAGAUUUAAAGUAAACACUCGAUUAUGUCUGUCUAUAAGUGAUUUUCAUCCAGAUACAUGGAAUCCAGCUUGGUCUGUUUCAACUAUUUUAACUGGACUUCUAAGUUUUAUGUUAGAGACAAGCCCAACUUUAGGUAGCAUUGAGACAUCUGAUUAUGAAAAAAGGCAAUUAGCAUAUAGAAGUCUCAGUUUUAACCUUGCUGAUAGCAUUUUCAAAGAACAAUUUCCCUCGCUUGUUGAGGAAAUUGAGAAAGAGUUAGAAGCUAGAGAGAAGCGUGCUGCUGCUGAUGCUGCACGUACUUCCGGUCCACAAUCUGUAGUGACUCCAAUAUCUUACCAGCCAUCAUCACCAUUGCAUCCUGCCCUUUCAAAUAUUAUUGUUCUUGUUGGUGUCGCUGCUUUUGUAUUUGCUGUAAAGUAUGUUGUUGGAGUGUCCUCAGCACCGACAGAGUAG